AUGUUGGCGUGGUUUUGUCUUUGUUUAAUCGUAAUUCAAUCGAAUGGAAAUCCUGUCUUAAGCAACGAAUCAAAUGUUACGGAGUCUGAUGUUCCAUCGCAGCUUAUAUGUGAACAGAAUAUCGCUGUGACGAGCAAUAAUAGUUUAUAUGAGUUGUUAAAUUAUAAUCGAUUUUGGUUUGUCUCGACACGAAGUAAAUAUAUCUAUGGUGAACGAACCUGGAGGAAUGUGUUGAUGGAAACAUCAACUAAUGGAAAUGCAUCGAUUGGCGUGGAAUUUUUCGGAGAAGAACCAAACGGUACGUGUGUGAGUUCGGAAAAAGGUCAAAUGACUUCGAAUUCGAAAUCAAAUCGAGUUGGUGUUCAAUGGGCGAAUAGCGAAGGUUUUAUUGAUUUGAUUUAUAUGGAUGAAAGAAUGAUUCACUUGAUUCUUUGUUAUUCAACCGAUUCGAAUCAAACUAAUCUUUGUGCUCAUAAUCAAAGUGAACAAUUCGUUGUGGAUAAUAAUCAAGCAAAUAAUGAGAAUGAUACGAUGGAUUGGCUGAAAUCUCAUUGUUUGAAGAUUAAUCCAGAUGAUUUCAUUAUUAAUGAUAAUCCAGAAAAAUGUAUGUCGAUGGUGACGCAACCGCAAAUUGUUUUGAUUAAUUCAACGAAAGAAUCCAAUGAUAAUCAAAAUGAGACAAGUUUUCAAACAAUUAUUACUGAACAUGAAAACGUCACUAAUGGAUUGGUAGUAGAAGAAGAGUCGACUACACGAUCGAAUCGAACAAAUCGAUUGGAAAUUCUGGAAGAAUAUUAUAAUAACACAACUGAAGAUCAAUUUGAAGGAACAACAGCGGUAGAAAUCAAACCAAUUGUUUUGUUAUCUGCGCUGGAUGAAUCGAAUCGAACUAAUAUUACGAUUAUCGAAGAGAAUGAAUUCAUCGGAAACGAUACAAUCGAUCAAGAAAGUCCAUCAAUUGUUCUGCAUAAAAUGGUAUUCAACGAAUCAACGACAGAAUCGAGUUUCGAGAAUGAAACCAAUCUUUCGACUAGUCCGCACACUCACUCAGUGAUCUCAACAACUGUUAGAUCAAUUCUGAACGAAUCAAGAACUAUUGUGGAAGUACAAAAUACAACUGAAAUCAUCACAACAGAAAGGAAAAUGCCAGCAACUACAGAACAGGAAGUUCCAACAACAACAGAAAAUGAAAUUCCAUCAACAACAGCAGAAAAGGAGGUUCAAACAGCAGCAACAACGGAGAAAGAAGUUCCAACAACGACAGAGCGAGAAGUCCUGACGACAACGGAAAUGAAAACAACAACAAUUGAAGUAACCACAAUCCCUGCUGAUUGUCUACCUUUAAAAGAUUGUCCCUUUGAUCAUUGUGCAUUUGCUCGUAAAUUUGAUAAUCAUGGAUGUCCAACAUGUAAUUGUCUUCAAUCAAAUAAGUCAAAUAUCACUUGUCCAGCAUUAGCAUGUCAGCCAUGCUUAUACGGACAUUUCACUGAUCCAAAUGGCUGUUCGGUUUGUCAAUGUCAAAGUCGUCCAUUCCCGCCCUUAGGUGAACGAUGUCCACAAUUAAAUUGUGAACCAUGUUAUUUUGGUACAGUCAAAGAUGAAUAUAAUUGCGACACAUGUAUUUGUAUCCGACCAAAUAAUCAAGAAUGUCCAGUACUUGAUUGUCCAUUUGGAUUAUGCAAACACGGUUCAACGAAAGAUGAAGAUGAUUGUCCUACUUGUGAUUGUCUAUUACCAACAGAAAAUGUGACUGAAGUCAAUUGUUCGACAACGGCUCAAUGUCCACCAUGUCAUCUUGGUUAUGUGAAAGAUGCGAAUGGAUGCGAAACGUGUCAAUGUAAAUUACGUGGUAGUGUCCCAUGUGCAUCAGUUGAAUCCCAAUGUCAUUGCGAUUACGGAUCAUACUUAAAUCCGGAUGGAUGUGAAACAUGUUCGUGUUUACCUGAUCCAAAAAAUGCCUCUCGUCAAGCAUGUUGGGAAUUAUCAAACCAUGCAAAUCUGCAUAAUAUAACUGGACCAACAUGUUCGUUGGAUGGAUCAUUUUAUGCUCGUCAAUGUGAUAAAACACACUGCUGGUGUGUGACACCGACAGGUCUUCAUAUCAAUGGAUUCGAAUCGCGACCAGAUGAAAAUGUUAAUUGUGCAUGUGCCGUAGAGUUGUAUCAAGUGUCGAGUCUUCGUAUGAUUGGUCAUCAUUUAUUAUGUUUGUUGAAUGGAAAUUAUGCGCCGAUUCAAUGCGAUGGUCGCUAUUGUUCGUGUGUGGAUGAGAAUGGUAAAACAAUUGGACCGAGUGUAUCAGUUCAAAAUCGUGAUCAAUUACGAUGUGUUGGAGUUUAUCAACAACUUCAUCCAGAACGUUUUGUUUUACAUCGAUCAAGUGUUGAAAUAAGUGAUCCUUCUCAUGUUUCCUACGGAAUUUCAUCUUCGUUAUGUUUAAAACAUUUGGAACAAGUUCGCAAUGCCAAUGUCACAGAUGAACACAUUCUCAUUCCUGAAUGCGAUGCCAAUGGUUUGUAUUCGUCUGUUCAAUGCGAUCAAAACGAACGUUAUUGCUGGUGCGUUGAUAAGAAGACAGGUGUAGAAAUGGAUGGUACACGUCGACUCAAUGCUCGACCCAAUUGUAAUAUUACUUAA